AAGAGGGAGUGCUCGGAUUCCCCCCUCUUCUCUCCACCUCUCUUCCAAUUCUAUGCGUGGUCGCUCUUCCGUCUCUCCCAGUGCAGCAGUCGUCUUCUCUACCUUCCUCGCCUAUCCAGUGCUCCUCAUCUAACAACUGUACUAAAACUAGCAGCAAGACUGCUUCUGCUUGUACGAUAGCCUGUACCUGUACUGUGCUGACAUUAUAUACCCUCCCCUUCUUGCUCGUGCCAAUCGCCAUUGCCAACCACCACGUAGAGCUGCAUUGCUUUGAGGGAUCAAGGCCAUGGGAAUCGCAACAGGAGUUUGCUUCGUAGUUCUUGUUCUGAUCUGUACAUUUCUCAGAGAAGGGAGAGCGGCGACAUUCACGUUCGUCAACAGGUGCACGGGGACAGUGUGGCCAGGCAUCCAGUCGAACGCCGGGAGCUCUCGGCUGGACCCGACGGGCUUCGUCCUGCCGCCGGGCACGUCGCGCGCGGUCCAGGCGCCGUCAGGGUGGUCCGGCCGUGCCUGGGCACGCACGGGCUGCGCGCAGGACGCGAGCGGGAAGGUGGUGUGCGCCACGGGGGACUGCGGGUCGGGCUCCCUGGAGUGCAACGGGCAGAACGCGGCGACGCCCGCGACGCUGGCCGAGUUCACGCUGGCCGGCGGCGGCGGCGACGACUUCUACGACGUGAGCCUCGUGGACGGCUACAACCUCCCGAUCCUGGUGGAGCCCGCGGGCGGCGCCACGGGCGCCACGACGUGCGCCGCGGCCGGGUGCAGUGCGGACCUCAACGAGCGGUGCCCCGCGGAGCUCCGCACCGAGGGCGGCGCCGGCUGCCGCAGCGCGUGCGACGCCUUCGGCAAGCCCGAGUACUGCUGCAGCGGCGCGUACGCCAACCCAAACACCUGCCGCCCCACCGCCUACUCGCAGCUCUUCAAGUCGGCGUGCCCCAAGUCGUACAGCUACGCCUACGACGACCCCACCAGCACCUUCACCUGCGCCGGCGGCCGUGACUACACCAUCACCUUCUGCCCCGUCGCCACCCCAAGCAUGAAAUCGUCGGGUGGCCCUGGAGCAACGACGGCGGCACCGACAGGCCCGACGCCGACGCUGCCGGGGGCGACGCCGCAGAUGCCGCGGUCGGCAGGUGGUGGGCAAGGCAGCGGCCCCGACGGGCAGGGCGUGAUGCUGGGCGACAACUCCUGGCUCGCCAGCCUCGCCACGGGCGACGCGUCGUCCGCGCCGUCGUCGCCGCCGGCGCUCCGGGCCUCGCCCCUCGCGCCGCUCCUGCUCGGCGCCCUGCUGCUGCUGCUGCUGGUGCUAUAGUACCAGGCUACCAACCGACCCCGUCACAGGUGUGUGAGGCGAAAGUUUUGGUCAAAGAAAGAAGCGGGCGCGCACGGCACGGGGCACCGGCGCAAAGCGAAGCGGUGCGCUCGGCUUGCCGCCGUGCCGACGCGGACGCCGAGCUGCCCUGCCCCGAUGGAAUGGAAGGGGUGGUGGUUGGUGUUGCGCGCGGUGGGGCUGUCCCUCCGCCUGUCCGUGCUGGGUUUGUGCGGGGAGAUGAUGUGAUUUCAUUUGACCAAGAUCGCAUCACGCCAUUGUAAAAUCCGCCAUUUUCUUCUUCUUCUUCUUCUUCUUCUUCUUCUUCUUCUUCUUAUUGGAAUUGUACCGUUGUGUCCAACAAAAAGAAAGGAAUGUACUCCAAGAUUGUUUCGCAGAUAA